AACACAGAAAACAUUGCAGGAGGAAGUUGUGGAAUCACAGAUGGUUUCUGAAAGAGAACAGAACACACCUCUCCUGUCCUGCACAGAGUGCAGCGUAUCCAAACCAUGGGUGCUACAGCUAGCUCCUUCUCCAAGAGCGGAGAUCACAGAGUCUCUGAUUUUACAGAUCCAUCUCAAACCAACUGGAUAACCGCCCACUCAGAAGCAUGCAUCAUGACGGUUCCAGAGGUGCGGAGGUGCUGGCAGCGGUACGUGGAGCUGGGCGCAGAUAAAAACGGAAGCGUCCCAAAGCAAAGCCUGAUCACCGACCAUCCCUUCAGCGCCAAGCUGGUGCAGCAGUUGCCUGUCCCCGGGGAUGAUCUGGUGUCUUUCCAGACGUACUGCAGUGCUGUCAACUGGCUGGCCAAGUCCACAGUGAAUGAUAAACUCCGAGGCCUGUACCAGACGCUGUCCUGCUCCCGCCUGGACCAGGAGGCCCUGCGGGGGGUGCUGUCCGCCCUGUACCCCCAGGACCCUCCGGAGGACGUCGGACGCCUGGCCGGCUUCAUCGUGACGGAGAUCGACCUGAAGAAACAAGGGUUUAUUGACGAGACCCAGUUUAUCUCGUGGAUGCACAGGCUGCCCGCGGAGACCCUAGAAUCACUGCUGCGCUUCUCCGCACUGCCUGAUGGGAUAGAGGAGCCGUCGUCGCCCAGGGGAGACGUAGGUUACUUAUGA